AGAAUAUGAAUCUGUUGGUUCUUCAGAUAGAAAAUAUGAGUUUGAUUAUAGUAUGGAAGAAGAACACAAACCUAAUUAUCCCAACGAUCUUCUAGAGGAAACACUUUUAAUAGACAAAAGUCUUGAAUCUCAUAAAUGGGUAUUUCUUAAGAUAAUUGAAGCAACCAAAACCCAACCAAAA